AUGAGUACAAUCGAGCAAGUAGAACUUAAUGAAGACAUUUAUGCAAACAAUGGUGAUGAAUCUCAAAGACGGGAUGAUUUGGAUGAAGAACAGGUUGAUCCUGAUCUCCAAGGAGGAUUCACAACACAAAAUGGCAAGGACAAGUUCACAAGUGACUGGAAGAGCUUUGGUUCCAGCCGAUACUACAUAUCCAGUGAUGAGAGAAAUUGGGCUGACAGUAAACAGCACUGCAUGGAUCUAGGGGGUGAUCUGGUGAUCAUUGACAGUCAGGAGGAACAAGAAUUUAUCAACACACAAAUAAAGUCUAUCUAUGCCGAGACAAGAGCCUGGAUUGGUCUCAGUGACUUGGAGACUGAGGGUGUCUGGAAAUGGGUAGAUGGCAAACCUCUGAGUAAAUUUGGAUUCUGGAUGCAGGAUGAACCAAAUGACGACAAAGGUGCUGAAGACUGCGUGGAAACACUAUACCAAUAUAAUCCACUCAAAACUUGGAAUGAUGCUAUCUGCUCGAUGGACAAGCAUUGCAUCUGUGAAAUUAAUCUCACAUGAAAGUUUUCUGUUUAUUUUGUUUUGCUUUUUCACAAUGGUUGUAUAGUCUUGCAUCCUGAGCUGACUAUUGCUUGUGUCUUUGGGUAACAAAGUAGC